AUGCCACCUUCACCUGCGCCUUCAAAUGGCGGCGAGCUCCUCCAGCACAACCUUCACCAUCUUCUUCAACACAAUUCGGGUUCACCAUAUCCACAAGAAGAGAAUAGCGCGCACCUUCGCUCCAACUAUGGCUCCCCCGCACCAUCGCACGACAAUGGACGAAUGUCAAGAGGUCCGUCUCAGCCGCCUAGAUACCAAUAUCAACAACAAUAUCACAGUCCAAAUCUUGGACUGCAAUACGAAAAUUACAGCCCCAAUUUCUCAGGAACAUACGAUCAAUACAGCACACCAGCGUCGUCUCCUCCAACCCCUGACGUGCUACAUACCAGAAGCGGUCUUUCCAUACACCGAGGCCAGCAACUCAGACCCAAGCUCGAAGAACGAUCGAGAGCCGAGAAGUCGCCCAAGCCUAAGAAAGUGAAGAAGGAAAAGGCAAAGGGAGAAAGAACAUCGAAGAUGGACAGACCUCUCACGGAGCUGACAAAGGACUUCACCCUGGAGGCCGUAGACAUUGAAGCUUAUGUGAAUCGGUCUGCCGAAGUUCGCCGCAAAGAAGUCGACGAAGGAAAGGUACCAGCCAAGGUUAAGAGACCAAUGAACUCGUUCAUGCUGUAUCGCAAAUGUUACCAAAAAAGAGCCAAUGCCUGGUGUCUCGAGAACAAUCAUCAAAUCAUCUCCCAGAUAUGUGGUGAGAGUUGGCCAUUGGAACCAGAUGAGGUUCGAGAACAGUUCAACGAAUGGGCACGUAUUGAGAGAAUCAAUCAUCAGAAUGCUCAUCCGGGUUACAAGUUCUCUCCGACGAAACCAGGACAAGCAAAGGGAGGGAAGCGAAAGAUGACUGAGGAGCUGAUGACUGAAGAUUCGGAAUUAGAUGACUAUGAUUGGCAAGGGCAUGGGUCAAACAGACGACACAAGAAGCAGCGCCCACUUCCUAGCAGCCCCAUGGGCCCAGUGGCAUAUCCAACCACGAGAUCCGCAUACCAGUACUCGUCGAGAGAGAGCUCAAUGGAUCCAAACUAUGUUGGAUAUCAUCCAUCGUCGUAUCAUUCGACCAAUCCAGGCAAGCAGGCACCACAACAAUACCACCCCAAUCCUCAGAGUGGCGAGUACUAUCAACAGACGAUCAGGAUGAACCCAAACUACCCGCCCAACGGUGCUGAGGAUAUAAUUCUCACGAAACAAUCCACUCCAGGAAUGCACAAUUAUCUUGGCCUGCCCGGAGGACAAGACUUCGACAUAAUGGGUCACUACCAAUAUCAGGGUCCGCCUAUGACUGGUACAGAGCACAAGAUUGAUCCCUCGUUGAUCUCACAUGGUCAGACCCUCUUCAAUGAUAACAAUCAUGGAGAUAGAGCUCAUGACCGAGGGGUAUUCUUUGGCGACACCCAAUAUGGCGGCGAGAAGUUUGCUGGCCCGUUCGGCAUCGAUCCAUCCCUAAGUGACCCAUCCAUGUCAUUUGCAGACGCAGAACACGUCCAGGAAGGAAUGCCUCUUCAUGAUCCACACGCAAGUGUGCUUCGAGGGCACCAAGAGGGCUGGCAGGUUGAGACGAUGGAUGCUGGUCCAGAGUUCGAAAAGUGGAUGGAUGGGGAAUAA